GCAGCCCAAAUCUCUUAUGUAGAUGGAACAAAUUUCCAAUCGCUCUAACUAUCUGAGUGCACUUCGCACGUACUAUGGCAAACCACAACGCUCUCGACAGCGCCGACUCUUAUGCGGUUGCCUGGAUUGCUGCUCUUUCCAUCGAGCGGGCAGCUGCGGAAGCAAUGCUCGAUGAGGAGCAUACCGCUCCGAAUGGCUUCCAUAAGCACCAAACUGACGACAACAUCUACACCUGGGGUCGCAUAGGAGAGCAUAAUGUUGUCAUCACCUCUCUGGCUGCCGGAGUGUACGGAACUACGUCAGCUGCGACCACGGCCUCUAGCCUGCUUGCCUCUCUGCCGUCCAUUCGUAUCGGCCUUUUCGUUGGCAUAGGCGGAGGCAUUGCCGACAAUCGUGACAUUCGACUUGGUGAUAUUGUAGUAAGCCAGCCUGAUGGAACGACCGGCGGAGUCUGUCAGUACGACUUAAUCAAAGCAAAGUCAGGCGACAAGCGUGAGCGCAAAGGCUUUCUCGGCCGUCCUCCAACGGUCCUUCUAAAUGCUCUCACCAAAAUUCAGGCCGCUCAUGAGAGGAGCGAUUCCAAAGUCCCUACCUUCCUUCACGAGAUGUUCGAGAAGUACCCAAAAAUGGGCAAGAGCUCAAAGCAAAACCCCGGCUAUGGUUACCAGGGGCUCGACAACGAUCGCCUCUUCAACAGCUCAUACAACCACACCGCUGGGCCAGACUGUCGGGGCUGUGAGAUAAAAGAAGAGGUUCAACGCGAUAAUCGAGACAAUUUCGACCCUGAGAUCCAUUACGGAACAAUUGCAUCUGGCAAUACGCUUGUCAAAGACGCUGCUACACGCAAUCGGAUCGCCGCUGACGUUGGCGAGGAGUGUCUAUGCUUUGAGAUGGAAGCUGCUGGCUUGAUGAAUCACUUUCCUUGCCUUGUGAUCCGGGGAAUAUGCGACUACGCCGAUGCCCACAAGAACGACAGAUGGCAACGCUACGCCUCGGCCACCGCUGCUGCAUAUGCCAAGGAACUCCUAGAGUAUGUACCCGCUGCGGAGGUUCAAGAAACUAAGAAAGCAUCAGAAGUGCUUAAUUCCAUACAACGACAGAUCGAUAGCGUACAUCAGACAACAACUGCGACGAAAGUCAUAACUGAAUUUCUUGUUUCUAGUCACCGUACCGAUAAAAUCCAAUGUUGGCUUCGACCCUCAGAUCCGUCUACAAAUGCAAACCACGCGAGGAGCCUCCGCCAUGAAGGAACUGGAGCAUGGCUCCUAGAAAAUCCAAUUUUCAAGGACUGGUAUUUGGGUUCGCGUCGGCAUUUAUGGCUGCAGGGGCUUGCAGGGUCUGGAAAGACGGUUCUUAGCACGACUGUGUUAGAUCAUCUUGGGAAGGGAGACGAAAGGCUGAUUCUCAGCUUCUUUUUCGACUUCAGCGACACAACAAAGCAGACCUUGGAUUGUAUGUUGCGAUCAAUUGCUUUCCAAAUUUACAAAAGCAAUACAGGCUCUGCUGGUUUUCUUGACCAAUCGUGGCAAGCACACGAGGACGGCAAUAAGCAACCUGCUAUCAAGACCCUCGAAGAUACUGUGCACCGGAUGCUUGCAGUACAGAAGAAAUGCUUCAUUAUUUUAGAUGCUUUGGAUGAAUCGACAACAAGGAAUGAGGUUAUCACAUGGAUUAAAAAAAUAGUCUCGAACUCAGAAUUAGGCGAAGUACGAUUGAUCUCCACUAGCCGGCCUGAACGCGAGUUCAUAUCCGAAAUCCCGAAGACGAUAGGCGAACAGAAUUGCUUAACCUUUGAUCAGCAUUCUGCCAAUGCCGACAUUCGGUCUUAUGUCUCAGCACAACUGUCGCAAAGAGAUGGUUUCCGAGACGUAUCCCGAUAUCUUCGCGAGAGUAUUCGGAUGGUAGUUGGUGAUGGGGCUCAAGGAAUGUUUAGGUGGGCAUUCUGUCAAAUGGACAGCUUAGCCCAAUGUCCUCAUGAAGCAGCUAUUGAGGAAGCGCUUGCUUCUUUGCCGCAGACCCUGGAAAAGACUUACCAACGUAUGAUUCAACGCAUACCAUCACGGUUCAAGACCGAUGCGAUUCGGCUAUUGCAAUUCCUAGUGCACUCGGAACGGCCUCUUAAGUUGUCAGAAGUUAAAGAGGUUAUUGCAACACAGAUCGAAUGCGAACCACGCUAUUUUGACGCCAAACGUCGGCUAUUCCGCGAAGCUGACGUUUUGGGUUAUUGCCCUGGCCUAGUGACAUUCGUUCAAGCCACCAGUAAUGAGCUGCAUCUCGCUCAUUUUUCCGUCAAAGAAUACCUAAUCAAAGAGGAGCAGUUCAGCAUCACGACUGCGAGCAUUUCCAUCACAAUGACGUGCCUAACGUAUCUGACAAGUAUCAACGUGAGUCACGAUUUAAUUGAAGGGGCUUUUCCGAUGGCAGAUUAUGCGGCAAAAGUUUGGAAUCGUCAUGCUAUCUUGGCUCAGGCAUCGGAAGAUGUAGUUCAAACAGUAAUCAAAUUCUUAGCUGACGAUGCGACGUUCCAACGGUGGGAUAAAUUGUAUCGGGUUGGUACUUACGAACACAAAAGGAAGCCUAGAAUCGUAUAUACUUGUCUAUUUGGGCUCUUAGAGCCCACAAGUUAUUUUAUUGACGAAGGAGCAUACCUUAGCGAAUACAGUCAUAUCUCUGGUAGUGGUUUUCAGGCUGCCUCAUUAGAAGGGCAUCUGGAUAUCGUCAAGCUGCUCUUAGAUGCAGGAGCAGAGGUGAAUGCACAAGGUGGCGACUAUGGCAGUGCUCUGGGGGCUGCUUCAUUGGGAGGGCAUCUGGAUAUUGUCAAGCUGCUCUUAGAUGCGGGAGCAGAGGUCAAUGCGCAAGGUGGCGAACAUGGUAGUGCUCUGCGAGCUGCCUCAUCAGAAGGGCAUCUGGAUAUAGUCAAGCUGCUCUUAGAUGCAGGAGCAGAGGUAAAUGUGCAAGGUGGCUACUAUGGCAGUGCUCUGCGAGCUGCCUCAUCAGAAGGGCAUCUGGAUAUAAUCAAGCUACUCUUAGAUGCAGGGGCAGAGGUGAAUGCGCAAGGUGGUAGACAUGGCAGUGCUCUGUAUCGUGCCUCGUUAGGAGGGCAUCUAGAUAUUGUCAAGCUGCUCUUAAAUGCAGGAGCAGAGGUCAAUGCGCAAGGUGGUAGACAUGGCAGUGCUCUCCAGGUUGCCUCAUCAGGAGGGUUUCUAGAUAUAGUCAAGCUACUCUUAGAUGCAGGGGCAAAGGUGAAUGCGCAAGGUGGCCACUAUGGCAGUGCUCUGGGGGCUGCCUCAUCAGGAGGGUAUCUAGAUAUUGUCAAGCUGCUCUUAAAUGCAGGAGCAGAGGUCAAUGCGCAAGGUGGCGAACAUGGCAGUGCUCUGCAUCGUGCCUCAUCAGAAGGGCAUCUGGAUAUAAUCAAGCUGCUCUUAGAUGUAGGAGCAGAGGUCAAUACGCAAGGUGGCAGAUAUGGCAGUGCUCUAGGGGCUGCCUCAUGGAGAGGAUAUGCAGAUAUUGUCAAGCUACUCUUAGAUGCAGGAGCAGAGGUCAAUACGCAAGGUGGCAGACAUGGCAGUGCUCUCCGAGCUGCCUCAUCAGGAGGGUACCUAGAUAUUGUCAGGCUGCUCUUAGAUGCAGGAGCAGAGGUCAAUGCGCAAGGCGGCCACUAUGGCAGUGCUCUCCAGGCUGCCUCAUCAGGAGGGUAUCUAGAUAUUGUCAAGCUGCUCUUAGAUGCAGGAGUAGAGGCGAUUUCGUGA